AUGGGCGGUCGAGUGAGAGCGACGAGGCGAUGGACGUGGGCGCUCGCGCUCUGCGCGCUCGCGCUCGCGCUCGUCUCGGGACGCGGGGCGAUCGCGCAGGAUUCGUCGACGGUGAACGCCGGCGCCGUUGGACGGUGUCACAGAGAGCUCGCAGACGCUAAAUCGCGAGUGGCGGCGGCGGAGGGGCGAGCGAUGCGAGAAACGUCGGCGCGAAAGCGGCUGGAGCACGAGGUUGCGCGGUUGGAGGAGGCGCUGGAGGAGGCGCGAAGACGGACGGAUUACGCGCAUAUGGCGACGACGAUGGCGAAGGAGGCCGGUGAACGGGCGAAAAAGUUGGCAACAGAGGCGAAACCGAUCCUGAAGCGCGCGGUGAAGGAGGCAAAGCCGAUGAUGGAACGCGCAGCGCGAGCGGCGAAGCCGAUGGUUCAGCGUGCCGGAAAGCGGGCAAGGACGACGUACGAGAAGGAAAUACGACGAAUGAAGAAGGUUUGGAGCCCGCUUAGGAGACGAGUAAAGACGAAGAUGCGACAGCACGACGGUCUGAGGCGAUACGCGACGGAUGACAACAUUGAGUUUGCGUUUCAAGCGGCGUACACGCUCUUCCUCGCGUGGGCCGUGAUGCGAGUCAUGGGUGUGAUCAAUCACGUGGCGUUCGGACGACGAGCUCGGCCCGCGCAACGCGUUCCUCGGGAUGUUCGACGAAAAUCGGUCGAACUGCGACCGCUCUCACCUGAUCCGAGAGGAUAG